UGGCACUGGGAAUCCCACUAAGCCCGACUCCCUCUGACCUCUACUUUGUUGGCUUUCAUUCACUCUCUCUUUCCCAGGCCAAAAGACCCCUCGCCUCUCACCAUCACUGCAGCUCCCAAAGCUCCCGACUCCUCCCUUCUCCACUGCCCUCUGCCCCGCACAAGGUAGGCCGCUCGAGAUCACCCGUUUCUCUUCUCUCCACACCUUAUUUUUCUGCUGCGGUGUAAAGAUUAUUCAGUGUUUAUAUGGUAUUCGUAUCUCUGCGCUCAUUCUUCUAACGGUCAAAUCCUUGGCACCCAUUCAUGGCCUUGUCAUCACCACCACCACCUUCUUUGCUGCUUCUCUUCCUCUUCUGCAAUGUAUCUCUUCUCUUUGCUGUUGGUGGCCUGAACAGUGAUGGCACAGCCCUCCUAUCGUUCAAAGAAGCCAUCAGAGGAGACCCCAAGGGCUCCUUGGGAAACUGGAACUCUUCCGACGAGAAUCCCUGCUCCUGGAAUGGGAUCACCUGCAGAGAAGGCUCAGUGGUCGCCUUAAGCCUGCCAAAGAAGAAGCUGGUGGGCUACCUCCCCUCUGCCCUUGGCUCCCUCCAAUCUCUCAGGCAUGUCAACCUUCGGAGCAACAGGCUCUUCGGAAGCCUUCCUGCCGGCCUCUUCGCCGCCCGAGGGCUCGAAAGGUUGGUCCUUUUUGGGAAUUUCCUGUCCGGUUCGAUCCCGCCGGCGAUCGGUGAGCUUCUGUACCUCCAAAGCUUGGACCUUUCCAGCAACUUGUUCUCCGGUUCGAUACCGCGCUCUUUGGUCCAAUGCAAGCGAUUGAAGGCCCUUGUCUUGAGCCAUAACAACUUCACCAGUUCUCUGCCCCUUGGCUUUGGUAGCAGCCUUGUAGGAUUGGAAAAGCUUGAUCUUUCUUACAAUGGAUUCAGUGGUCCGAUUCCGGGUGAUAUUGGUAAUCUUCCUAAUCUUCAAGGAACUCUGGAUUUGUCUCACAAUAGGUUCUCUGGCUUCAUUCCGCCGAGCCUGGGGAACCUGCCUGAGAAUGUUUUUAUUGACCUGACCUAUAACAAUCUUAGUGGGCCAAUACCCCAAAAUGGGGCUCUGAAGAGCAGAGGACCGAUGGCUUAUGUCGGAAAUCCUGACCUUUGUGGCUCGCCAUUGCAGAACCCGUGUCCUUCUGAUGUGCUCUCCCCCAAGGAAGAUGACGCUCAUAGUGGAAGAAGUAGCAGUGAAGGACUAAGUAAUGCUGCAGUGAUUGCGAUUGCGGUGAGUGAUGUGCUUGGAAUUGGUCUGAUUGCAUUAUUGUUCUAUUACUUUUACCGCAAGGCAAUUGCUUCACUAGAGACCAAGGAAGAAGGAGAGCGUUCUGACAAAGGGUUGAAGGGCAGGAAGGAAUGCAUGUGCUUUACAAAGGAGUCGGGCGCAUUAUCAGAAAAUAUUGAGCAGUAUGAGCUAGUGCCAUUGGAUAAGCAUGUGACUUUUGAUCUUGAUGAGCUUCUUAAGGGGUCAGCUUUUGUUUUGGGGAAGAGUGAAAUUGGUAUUGUCUACAAGGUUGUGCUGAACAAUGGACUUACUUUAGCUGUUAGGAGGCUGGGGGAAGGAGGAUUACAAAGGUUUAAAGAAUUCCAAACUGAGGUAGAAGUGAUUGGGAAGGUUCGACAUCCCAAUAUUGUUACUCUAAGAGCUUAUUUCUGGUCGGUUGAUGAGAAACUACUUAUCUAUGACUACAUUCAUAAUGGAAACCUCUCUACUGCUCUUCAUGGGAAAGCUGGAACAGGGGAUUCUGCACCACUAUCAUGGGAAGUACGCUUGAAAAUCAUGAAGGGAGUAGCAAAGGCCUUGGCUUUCCUGCAUGAAUUUAGUCCAAAGAAGUAUGUUCAUGGAGAUCUCAAACCUAACAAUGUACUUCUUGGACUGAACAUGGAACCCUACAUAUCUGACUUUGGGGUUGGGCGUCUGGCAAACUUAGCUGAAGGAUCUCCAUUUCUGCAGUCAGAUAGAGUAUUUGCUGAGACAACUGCUAGCCAACAAUCGGAUGUUGCAUUUGGUCGCAUCAUAACCAAAGGAUCAUGUUAUCAGGCUCCUGAGGUGUUCAGGACCAUGAAACCAUCUCAAAAAUGGGAUGUUUACUCGUAUGGAGCGAUCCUACUAGAACUGAUUUCUGGCAAGUCCCCACUUGUUCUUUUGGAGACUAUGGAAAUGGAUUUGGUUCAUUGGGUCCAGUUUUGCAUCGAAGAGAAGAGAUCCCUCUUGGAUGUUUUGGACCCUUUUCUAGCUCAAGAAAUAGAUAGAGAAGAUGAGAUUGUUUCAGUGCUAAAAAUUGCUUUGGCUUGUGUGCAAGCUAAUCCUGAAAUGAGACCAUCAAUGUGGCAUGUUGCCGAUACCCUGGAAAGAUUGAUCAACUGAAUCCAAAGGUGCUCACAAGGACCAAAAAGCAGUUUGAAUGUAGGAGGUGACUACUUUUCCAUGUCUUUCCCUGUCAAUCAUUCCAAGCGCAAUCCUGGUAAACCAUCAGUCAGUAUCACCAUGAAUGGAGAAUGUUGAUUGAACUUGUUGCUCAUUAGAUAACAAAGAGACAUCUUGAUUCAGUGAUUUUGCAACUGUACUGGUUUCUAGAGUCUGUGCCUUGGUUUUGAUCAGUAGUGCUUGUAACUUUUAGUUUCACCUUUUUCAUAGCCAUAGUUUAAUGUGUUCUUUAUUAUGGA